CUCUGUCGCCGGAUUAGGCUGCUUGUGGUAAUCGUUCUUUCGCCGGUGUGAACGAACUGCUCGUACCAGCGGAAAAAAUCCGCGCGACAAUCCAUUCUGGAACGAAACCCUCCGACGUUCGUAUACAUUAGGCUCACAUGAGGCAAGGCGCCAGCGCAGUGGCGGCGGCAAACAAUGCCACCAUGGACUCGCUAUGAGGCAACAUCAUCAAACGUCUUGCCAUUCUUAUUCCUGAGGUCGUAUAGAGAGUUGUUAUUGCCGAUGUAACAUGAUAUAAUGGUCGGUGGUGGCAAAUAUAGGGAAACGUGUCUUGAUGCCAGGCAUGGGCGAUCACGUACGCCUGAUGUCAGCACUUAGAGGUACGUAAACCUCCGAAGUCUGUAAUCCGUAUGACUCCCGCAUACCACUCACGCAAGAACAUUCGCGUAGGCUCGGUUGCCUCCUUGUAAAGACCAACCUGUAAAGAGCACCGACUAAUGGCCCGCGCGUGGCGCAGGUAUAUCCGGUCGUUCGUGUCUAAAGUCUACCGGGUGGACGUAGUAUCUCUGUGCCGUUACAACCAUGCCCUCCUAAAGAUGGCUAUUGCAGCUGCGUCACUAAACGAGCCAUUCUUCUAUCACAACGGUAUCGCUGCCAUGCUGUACGGUGGCCUGGGAUUCUUGUACGCGCGGUGCCUCUUGUGCGCCCUGGAUGCGGUGGCUCAAAUCGCCGACGCGGCGGGGAGGAACACGCCUGUGGCCGGUGGCUCGGACCACCUGGAAAAGGCCCUGCACUGCCAGCGCCAAGAGGUCGACCAAGAGACGCUGUACCCCUUCUUGCCGGCGCUGGAGGUGGCUCACGCAGCAUACAUUAAGGCGCUGAACGGACGCGAGGACACGCGGCUGAAAGGCAUGGAGCAGUACAGCGGGGAGCAAGUGUUCUUCCUAACCAUGUGCCACACUCUCUGCGAAGUGGACGGCCGAGGAAGCGCCUGGUCACCGGCAUGCAACGCAGCCGCCCGAGAGUUCAAGCCGUUCGCGAAAGCGUUCCGCUGUGCCGGCGGGUCUCCUAUGAACCCGAAGAAGAAGUGCAAUUUUUUCUAGCACCGACACCGCACAAUGCCCAGCGCCGCUUGCUGCGUACCAGGGACACUGUUCGAGACACUGGGGGCAUGAUGUGCUUUAUAGACGCCUAUAAUUGCUUUUUUCAUUGUUGUUCUAGCGUUCUCGUUUUCAGUGCCACUCGUUAUAGCUCGAGAAAUUUAAACGGUGCAGUUAUGUUGCCGCUAUUUUCUCACAUUGAAAUGCCACUUGUAAGCUUUCUAUAUUCACAAUACGUCAAGUAUGCACAGCUUCACUGGCCUGACGCCUGCCAUCGUGUUGCUACUUUUCGCAUGUGUGAAAUUUCGCACGAACUUUCAUGCUUAGUUGUGAUUUGCCGAACGUUUGCGCAUCAUUGCCCUGUGGUGAUCAGAGGCGCGCCGUGUUUUAGAAUGCUGCCAAGAUCCCUCAUCUCUUGCGUCUGGCGAGAUCAAACAAGUAAAAAUUGCGUGUCUGGGCCUCGCCAGCUUUAACUUACGUUGCGAUUGUAGUUACUGCAUAAAUGCGUACAUUUACUCCAAGUCCAUUUGUAGGAGCGCUUACGAGUGCAGUUGCAGAUUCAAAUGAAUAUAACUUCCCAGUUGCUUAGAAAACGCCGCAAGACUUCUCGGCUAGUGUGCGCACUACCGUUCGUACACCGGGCUUUCGACUGCAAAGUUUUGUAAUAACUACAUUCAUACAAAUCGAAAAUAAAG